AUGGCAUUCUCAACAUUCCUCACCACGGUCCUGAUCGAAUUCUUCGGUCACAAUCUGCCGUCCCGGCCUCCUUCGUCGCAGGAGGGGGCGUCGGUGGGGCCCGAAACCUCGAACGGUGUGACGGAAAGCAUGGGUCUCAUGGCGGACUUUGCGCCACCUGCAGGCCGGGGCCCACUGAUCGCCACUGGGCUUGCCGCUUUGGCCCCAAGCUCUUGGGACCUAGACAUUUCAGCCAAUAGCGCCCCCGGCGCGCCCUUCGUGAUGGUUGCAAACGUUUCAAGGCAGUCGGGCUCUGUGGAAGCCCUGUGGAAGCUCUGUCAGACACGACGGAACGCGACAGCAUCGAGGCGGUCAGGCGGUCAGUUUGGAGAAUGUUCCGUGUCUGGGACAAGACAGCUCAGUGGCUUGUGA